GCGCUGGGUGGGUGGGGGCGCACCGCACCCCGGACCUCGCACUGUCGCACAGGGCGAGGUGAGGGAGAGAGAGGGAGGGAGGAGGGAGGGGAACUCGAGAGGUCAACGAGGGGGGGAGCAGGUAGGAAGGCUCGGGGCUCCUUCCUCCUCCUAUAAACCCACCGCACCCGCCAUCCAGGCUCCCAUUUUCUCGCCCGGGAGCCGCAAUUCCAUCCUGCUGUUCGCAUCUUGAGGUAGGCGAUGAUACAUGAGGAAUUUGAGAUCUCUUGAUCUGGAAUCUGUGUUCUUGGUGUCGGGUUGGAGAUUUGGGAUCUUCGAUUUGAUCUCGUUACGGUCUUUGACUGAACUGAACAGUUAUAAUCCCCUCAUGAUUCUUCACAAUCGACCUCUGGGAUGCGUGUAUUGAAGUUUCAUCCAUCCUUCUGUAUUGCUAAGGGUUACAUACUCGUCCAAUAGAACAAUUCUACAUCCGAUGAUCGUACUUCCUGAGGUAGAAGCAUACCGAAGCAAGAGUCGAGCGGUGUUGAAUUGAAAUGGAAGGCAGGAUGACAAGUUUGGAAGCCGCCAUGAAAGCUUCUUCGUCAAUGGCAAGCAGCAUGGCAAGGAAUGCUGACCCUGACCAUCAGACUCUCCGCUCCAAUUCAGUGGAGCAGUUUUAUUUUCCAAGACCUGGCCAAUCUUUGCCAGGCAUUCCUCCAUUCUUUGGGCCUCCCUCCUCCAGUUUGUAUCCUCCUAAUGACAAUGAAGCUAAAUUUGGCAGCCAGUUUGAAUCAAAUCCUUCACAGAAUACAGAUUGGGACCCGCAGGCUAUAGUGAGCAACCUAACCUUCCUUGAGCAGAAGAUCAAACAGGUAAAAGAUAUUGUGCAGUCCAUGAAUAAUCGAGAGAACCAAGUAGCUGGUGGUUCCAGUGAGCUAGCGGCAAAGCAGCAGCUCAUAACCGCUGAUCUCACUAGCAUUAUAAUCCAGCUCAUAUCUACUGCUGGUUCCCUGCUCCCUUCAAUGAAGAACCCACUUCUUAGCAGCAAUCCGGCAGUCAGGCAGCUCGGCAACACUCUUGGUUCUCCUAUGGGCUUUGGCAUGAAUGCUAAUCAGCGACCAAGUGUAGACAGCAAGACUGAUAUUCCUGACACAGGAAAAACUUCUGAUUAUGAUGAACUGAUGAAUAGCCUUAAUACUGCUCAAGAUGAAAGAGAUGAGCUGAUCAAAUGCCCAAAUCUCUGUGGUGGUGAAGGGUCUGAACCGACUCCGAUGGAGGACCAUGAUGUGAAGGAGAGUGAUGAUGGUGGUGAGGGAGAGAAUCUUCCUCCUGGUUCAUAUGUAGUCUUGCAAUUGGAAAAGGAGGAGAUUUUAGCACCACAUACUCAUUUCUGCUUGAUCUGUGGUAAGGGUUUCAAAAGAGAUGCUAACCUAAGGAUGCACAUGAGGGGCCAUGGAGAUGAGUACAAGACUCCAGCUGCUCUUGCCAAGCCCACAAAGGAUUCUGGUGCAGAUCAUGCACCGGUUACAAGGUACUCAUGCCCAUUUGUGGGUUGCAAACGGAACAAAGAGCACAAGAAGUUCCAGCCUCUCAAAACAAUAUUGUGUGUGAAGAACCAUUACAAGAGAAGCCAUUGUGACAAGAGCUACACCUGCAGCCGUUGCAACACCAAGAAGUUCUCUGUCAUUGCCGACUUGAAGACUCAUGAGAAGCACUGUGGUCGUGAUAAGUGGCUCUGUUCUUGUGGAACAACCUUCUCCAGGAAGGACAAGCUUUUUGGGCAUGUUGCCCUUUUCCAAGGCCACACACCUGCGCUCCCCAUGGAAGAUGUGAAGGUAUCAGAAGCAUCAGAGCUACCUCAGGACAGUGAGCCAACGAAUGAAAUGGCGAGGAGCAUGGUGUAUAGCUUCCCCAGUAGCUCGUCUGAUGGUAUAUCGAACCUCGACAUGAAAAUGGCUGAUGAUGUGCGUGGUUAUUUCUCGCCACUGAACUUUGAUCCUUGCUUUGGUGCGCUUGACGACUUCACUCGCCCUGGGUUUGACAUCUCUGAGAACCCCUUCUCCUUCCUGCCUUCAGGAUCUUGCAGUUAUGGGCAGCAAAACGGAGAUAGCUAAUGGGUGCCGCCAUCGAUGAUGACGACAAUAGCACUGUCAACAUUUUAUGUAUGUUGUUGCAUGAUGCUAGUUUGGUUCUACCUCUGUUCGAGAGCCAUUUUAGGUUAUGCCUUUUAUACUUUCCUCAAGUGUACUUACAUUUGUGGUCAUUAAUAAUGAUAAAGGACUUCUAGCAUUUCUUAGACCCA